AUAGGACCCUGAAGACUUUGCUAGACUUCACCUGUUCGCAUGCACAGUUCCACUUUUUCACCUGUAGUUGCUCUCCUCUGUCUGUGCCCAUUAAUUCUUUUGCUAGUGGGGAAAAUGGUUUCGUACGUAGUCUGCAGCUUUCUCCUAGCAUCCGUAGCGUUCCCGGGGACCUUCCUCGGAGAGGUGGUGUUUCGCUGCCCUAGCUGCAGCGCCGAGCGGCAGGCUGCAUGCCCGAAGCUCACGGAAACUUGCGCUGAGAUGGUAAGGGAGCCCGGCUGCGGCUGCUGUCCGGUUUGUGCUCGACAAGAAGGCGAAUCUUGCGGCGUCUACACCCCGCGAUGUUCCAGUGGGCUACGCUGCUAUCCAAAGCCGGAUUCCGAAUUGCCUCUGGAGCAGCUCGUGCAAGGUCUCGGACGAUGCGGACACAAAGUGGAUGUAGAGCCCACGGGAAGCCAAGAACAUCGGGAGGUUAGCGGAGAGGCGCUGGACAACGUGGAGCUCAGUCUGACAGAGAGCCCCCAAGUGAGGAAGCCCACCAAAGAGGGACCGUGGGGCGUGAAGGAGGUCGCCGUCAGGCAUCACCUGAUCGAUUUGAAGACCAAGAUGAGGACCAACAAAGUGGAGGACAGCAAAACACCCCGAUUUGUGCUGCAGAGUCAGUGCCAACAGGAGCUGGACCGGGUCCUGGAGAGGAUCUCCAAGAUGCCCUUCAGCGAAAACAGGGGCCCCCUGGAGGACCUGUACGCCAUGCACAUCCCCAACUGCGACAAGAGGGGGCAGUACAACAUGAAGCAGUGCAAGAUGUCCGUGCACGGGCAGCGCGGAGAGUGCUGGUGCGUCAACCCCCACACCGGCAGGCAGAUCCCCACGUCUCCCAUAGUGAGGGGGGACCCCAACUGCAGCCAGUACCUCAACAGCCCCGAGGCGGAGGCCCCCACCGCCUCCCAAAAAUAGCGGCGCCCCCCGACCUUCCGACGAAACGGAGGAAGAAGAGGAGGUCCCGCGUCUCAAAAGCCAAGAGAGUAACAUAGGAGAACCAGUUAUGAAACAGUUAAGCUAAAUUCUGAAUGUGCGCGAGCGUGUGCGUGCGUGUGUGUGUGUGUGUGUGUGUGCGCGUGUGUGUGUGUGGGUAUGUGAUAAUAUGUGCAUGUGUAUGCGUGUGUGUGUGUCUGACGCUGUGUGUGUGUCCGUCCGUCUGUUUUUGUGCGUGCGUGUUUGCGUGUAGAUUUGUUCCACGUAAAAUGCAGUCGAUCCUCAGUGACAUUGCGAGAGAAGUGAAUCCAUCAGUGUGUUUUAGGUGCAAUCAAAGCUAAAUUGCAAGUACCAAACAGACCACAUAUGGGAAAAUAAAAGGAAACUAUCACGGAUGAAGCUCGUCUGUCAUUCACAGAUUUCGGUUUUUGUGUUGAACCAGAACAAACAGGCGUGGGGCGGGGCUGCCGUUAUCUCCCUUCUUUUCAUUGGCUGUGUGCUGUGCAUGACAUGGAGGUCUGCGUUGCUGUGUCUGGCUGUGUGGGCAUUCCAGGCAGACUGGCCUUGCGUUUGACUAGCUGCCGCCGUUCCAGCCAAGUCUCAUACCUAUUUAUUCUACUCUUCAGCUCCGUGACCACGUGCUGUACGCUAACUAAUCCUGCUGUGUUUUUAUUUUCCUUCUUCUCGCUUAAAAUGUCUUUUUUGAAACGCCUUUUUUGGGGGUCCUUUCCCUGGUUUCCCUUUCUGUGAAAUAUCGUUGUUUUUCCGUUGAUCUUUCACUGUGACUCCUCACGCAUCACUUCCCUUGAGUCCAAAGGCACCCUGCCGGCUCUGCUGUCAGCAUGUCUCUCUCCCUCCCUCUUUCCCUCCCUGUCUCUCUCUAUCUAUAUCUCUCUCUCUCUCCCCCUCUCCCUCCCUGUCUCUGUCUCUCUCUAUCUCUCUCCCCCUCUCCCUCCCUGUCUCUUUGUAUCCCUUCCUCUCUCGUCCCUCUCCUUCUGUGUCUCUCUCUUUCUGUCUCUCCCUCCCUCUUUCUCCCUAUCUCUCUCUCUCUCUUUCUCUCUCCCUCUUUCUCCCUCUCUUCCUCCCUCUCUCUAUCUCUCCCCCUUCCCUCCCUCCCUCCAGUGUGUCUGUAUUAGUGUGCUCCUCUCUCAGGCAUGGAGAGGGUGCAGUUGUCAGAGAAAUGCAUGGUGGCUGAAUGACCCCUGUUCUUCAUUCCUCCUCCUCCUGACCCCACACCCAGUCACAUGGCAGAAUAGGUGGGGUGGGGGGGAGGGGGGGUGCUGGACUGUUUUGGGGGGGGGGGGGGGGUUACUAAUGAAGUGCUGACAGAGGGUGAGUUUAGGAUCAGGGUCUGACAUUGACUGAUGGGAUCUUAAGUGAGUUUGACUAUAUAUAAACAUAGGUUCAGAAAUAUAUGCCUGCUAUUUUGUGUAGUGGCCGAGAGUCCAAAUGCUCUGGAUAUCCCAGUGUACCUCGGCCUAAGCCAAUCAGCAUUUGCAUAUUCCAGUGUAGCUCGGCCUAAGCCAAUCAGCAUUUGCAUAUCCCAGUGUAGCUCGGCCUAAGCCAAUCAGCAUUCACAUAUCCCAGUGUAGCUCGGCCUAAGCCAAUCAGCAUUCACAUAUCCCAGUGUAGCUUUGCCUAAGCCAGUCAGCAUUCGGAUAUCCUAGUGUUACUCGGCCUAAGCCAAUCAGCAGUCAGAUAUCCCAGUGUAGCUCGGGCUAAGCCAAUCAGCAGUCGGAUAUCCCAGUGUAGCUUGGGCUAAGCCAAUCAGCAGUCGGAUAUCUCAGUGUAGCCUGGCCUAAGCCAAUCAGCAUUCGGAUAUCCUAGUGUUACUCGGGCUAAGCCAAUCAGCAGUCGGAUAUCCCAGUGUAGCUUGGGCUAAGCCAGGCAGCAUUCGGAUAUCCUAGUGUAGCUUGGCCUAAGCCAAUCAGCAUUUGCAUAUCCUAGUGUUACUCGGCCUAAGCCAAUCAGCAGUCGGAUAUCCCAGUGUAGCUCAGGCUAAGCCAAUCAGUAGUCGGAUAUCCCAGUGUAGCUUGGGCUAAGCCAGGCAGCAUUCGGAUAUCCUAGUGUAGCUUGGCCUAAGCCAAUCAGCAUUUGCAUUUCCCAGUGGUGCUCAGGCUAAGCCAGUCAGCAUUUGGAUAUCCCAGUAUAGCUUGGCCUAAGCCAGUCAGCAUUCGGAUAUCCUAGUGUAGCUCGGCCUAAGCCAAUCAGGGCCUGAAGCUCUUGGAAGUGGCCUGUAGUAUGAACAAGUUUGGCUGUGUUUAUUCACCAACAGAUUUCCCACAUGGGCUACCUUAAAUAACGCCAGGGUGUUCUGUGUGCUUUAAAACCAUGAUUUCACUGAGUUUCCCAGUCUCUCAGUUUACCAUUAUGAUAGGCCUCCACAAACAAUAUCUUUAAAAAUAAAGCCUACAGUUAUUCCAGUCAGUGUUGACGAGUACUGAUUUUUGGCUUCCUCGACUGAUUCCACGGAAAACAGGAUCCUGUGUAAUUUCACCCAUCGAAAUUCCAUGACAUCUGAACCAUGACAUCGCCGCCACUGGCCAGUGUUAACAUGUUCACCCUGUGUAAGGUAACCCAUCAAUUUAUCAUAUUAAAAGCUUACUGAAAUAAAUACAUACCUAACAAAGUA